GAUAUGUAUAUAACGGGUGUCUGUCAGAGCUUAUCAGAUUCUUCCUUAUUAUAGAAAUUUUUGAAAAACUUAGCUUUGGUCUUCCUUGCUGAUUGGUUAACGAAAAUAAUGCAACUGAAACCUAUUAAAACUAUGUUAUGUAUCAACCAGAUUGCUAGUAUUGAUGAUGCGAAUAAUAACUUAUUAUGGACUCAGCUUCGAAGUGACAACUAUGUUAACAUACGUGAUGGUAACAAGUAAUUAAUCUGGACAUUACAAAAAGGGUUCGUGCAAAAUACAUGAUCAAAAUGAGAGAAGAGACAUUCUGGUCUUGGCUCCGAACUGUCAGAUUAUCAAGACUGAUCUGCGUUUUUGUUCCUUGCUUCAUCUUUGCUCCCAUCCUAACCUACUGGUGGCUUACAACCUCAUUACAGACUAGUUCUGUUGUUGACCGAGACUCCGCUGAUGUAGCCAGAAAAGUUCUCGGUCUCAUAGAUUUUGACCAUUUAUCUGGACCAGAGCUAAAAAACAGAAUUGACGAGUUGUUGAGAAUCAAAGGAUCUGUUCAAGCAGAACUUCAGAAUCUAGAGAAGAAACGACAGGUUAUGUUGACGGACUUGUCCGACCUGACCAGAACUAUCGAGGGGUUGAAGGCGGAGGCCAGCAAGGAGAUCAAGGAGCUCGACAAACUCAGAGCUUCUAUUCAACAGACUAGACUCUCACAGAUUGAUCUUAUUCAGAGAAACACCCCGGAGAUCAAACCUCCGCUGCCCAUUAUUCCGUCGGAGAAAAGUUUUAAGAUUAUAAAACCUGGGAACUCCGAUGAGGUUUGUGAUCUUGAGACUUGUUUUGAUUACUCCAGAUGUUCUCUCACCUCCGGAGUCAGGAUUCAUUUCUACGAUUCUAAAUCUCAAGACAAAUUCUGUUUGAAAAUUACAUCAAUUCUAACAGGCUCUAGUUCCCUUGUUAAGAGUCCCGACACGGCGUGUUUAUAUCUACACAUGUAUAAUCCUGCACAGUCCCUUUCCCAUCACAGAUCUCUCUCUCAUUGGCAAGGGGACGGGAGGAACCAUAUCAUUCUUAACCUAGAUCAGAAACCUUUAGAUCCGGUACAUACAGACCGAGCAAUGAUUGCUCAGCCAACCUUUUCCAGGGGCAUGUACAGACCUGGCUUCGAUAUUGUGCUACCGGAGAUGGUUGAUGAGACCCGUCCUGUGUGGAUGCUUUAUCCAAACAUGGUUCCGAUCACGCGGAAAUAUCUAUUAUCUUUUAAAGGAGAACUUAAUUUAGAAACCAGUUCAACGAUUGAUCCGUUAACAAAGAAAAUAAUACAAAUAUUAAAAAGUAUUCAGACCGAAGACAAAACUCAGGACGAGUUUCUUCUCUCCUUUUCUUGUAAAACCCGAAGUUUCGAAGUUUCGGACCAAGACUGGUAUCUCUGUGACGAUGAAGACCGGAGAAAUGAAGUCCUAGAGAAAUCUACUUUUAACCUUAUAAUUGUUCCGACUGAAGAGGAAACUCUGAACUCACGAGCCCUAAACCGUAGACUGUACGAGGCCCUCCGCUCCGGAAAUAUCCCUGUUAUCCUGGGAGCAAACCUAGUUCUACCCUUCUCCGAGGUUGUAGAUUGGAGCAGGUUCUCCCUGGUUCUCCCUAGAUCCAGGAUUACGGAACUACACUAUCUUCUCCGAACCUUCACAUACUCGGAUAUAUUCAAAAUGAAGCGACAGGGGCGAUUAGUUUUUGAGAACUAUUUCUCAAGUACAGAUGUGGUGCUGAGCACCCUGAUUGGACUGGUUCAAACUAGACUCCAGCUUCCACCAACACAAGUCUUAGAUUCGUUCUCGCCUUCAGUAUUUAAUUCUAGUUUCCGUCCUCUACUGAUGGAUUCUCUUCCACCUGAUGUAGAGCCUGACGAGAGCCUCGGACCUCUGGAGGCUCCUUUCCCCUCCCCUGACUUCAGGCGAAACUUCUCCUCUGUGUUCAGUGAACGUUGGGGAAACUGGAAUUCAAGAUUCCAGGCUUUAACCCUGUUCCCUCACACCCCUUGGGAACCUAUCCUGCCAACUGAGGCUAAGUUCCUUGGAUCCUCUACAGGGUUCCGUCCUAUCUCCGGGGGGGAGGGAGGAUCAGGGAAGGAGUUUAGUCAGGCUCUAGGUGGGAACUAUCCACAGGAGCAGUUUACUGUUGUUAUGCUGACAUAUGAGAGAGAAACUGUGCUCAUGAGUUCGCUGUCUAGAUUGUACGGUCUUCCAUACUUAAACAAGGUGGUUGUUGUCUGGAACAGUCCUAAACCACCACAUCAAGAUCUUAGAUGGCCAGAUAUAGGAGUACCUAUUCAUGUUGUGAAAGUUGAGAAGAAUAGUUUAAACAAUAGAUUCCUUCCCUUCUCUGCUAUAGAAACUGAAGCUAUCCUCAGGGAACCAUUCUCAACAAAUAUUAAAGAAUGUGUUUGUUAAUUGUGUUUAAGAUUUCGAACCAUAUUUUCUAGAGGGGAUUUUAAAAACCUAAUUUAAUAUCUUAGAUUGGUUGGGUUCCCUGGUAGGUUCCAUUCCUGGGACGGAAAUCAUAGUUCCUGGAACUAUAAUUCUAAUUAUAGCUGUGAGCUAUCCAUGGUUCUAACAGGAGCUGCGUUCCAUCAUAAAUAUUAUAGUUACCUUUACUCACAACAGAUGCCACAGGCAAUCAGGGAUAUGGUGGAUGAUCUAGUGAACUGUGAAGAUCUAGCGAUGAAUUUCUUAAUUUCUCACGUAACCCGACAACCUCCUGUUAAAGUAACUUCAAGAUGGACGUUCAGAUGCCCUGGAUGUCCUGUAUCAUUAUCUGAAGAUGAUUCACAUUUUCAGGAGCGGCAUAAAUGCAUAAAUUUCUUCUCUCGAGUUUACGGAUACAACCCCCUGGUGUAUACUCAAUACAGAGCAGACUCAGUACUCUUCAAGACCAGGAUACCUCCUGAUAAACAGAAAUGUUUUAAGUUUAUCUAAUUCCUUGUCAAGUAUAGG